ACGUUCAGUCAGAGCAGAGAUUUUUACCCACGCUGCUUUGUGCCCUCAGCUGGAUUCAUAAAUGGAAAGAUUCAGCACAAGUCUUCAAACGCCACCCAGAAUGGGUCUUUGAGUCAAAGCGGGUCCCCGUACAGAUCCUUCAGCAUCACUCAGAUGGUGGAAGAGAUUGAGACCAGAUUCAGUCCUCAGUCAAAACAAACAGAGAUUGAGAGGCGAUCUGGUCAGAGAAGCGAGCAGACGGUGGACAGCAGGGCCCUGCGGGACUUCAUGAGACUGGAUAAAGACACCAUGACUGGCAGAUCUCCUUGUUUAACGUCUCCAUCAUUCCAUCAGAAACGAACUGUCACAGAACCUGUGACGGAUGUUCUUUCGGAGAUGUUUCCUGACACUGCCAAAACUCCUACUGGAAUCUAUGCUACAAAGAGACGGCCUAUAAAGGGAGCUGCGGGCCGCCCCGUGCAAUUUAAAUACCCUGAAAUGCCGCUACUGAGUCCCACGACACUGGAGAGGCAGGAGAUUCAGCAGCGUCUGGUGCCUCUGUGGGUUCAGAUCGUGGUCUUCCUCCUGGUGGUCUGCCUGCUGUACCUCAUCUACGCAUCCAUGGAGGAGCCGCUAUCCAAUCCUUUCACUGCUCUGCUUGAAGGUCUGCAAGAAGCUGCUCUCAUAUACACCUCAGAGGACUAAUCCACCACUGACGCUACAGCUUAGGUGUGCAACACGGAUGCCAAAGAAGGUUCAUUCAAAUUUACCUCAGGCUCUAGUCAGCCAAGUGUCCUUCAGACGAUUAUCUUUUUAAACUGGUAUCAGAGGAAACUGUGUGAUUGGACUUAAUGAAACACAAAGAGAGCUACAUCAGAACACCUGCCUUCACUUGCUUUCAAAGACCAUAUAGGAUGUUAAACUUGAGUUGAUGAGAUAUGUAGUUGGCUAAUCCUGUGCAUGGUGUUUUCUCUGAUUGAUCUUUUACCAUAGAUGUGUAUUUUAUACAGUUUAUUUGAGAUUUGAGUCUUAUACAGCUGGACUAAUGAGUCAUAUGAUAUCUUGCGGUUUUUAAUGUGUACCUUUUGUUUGUUUUAUUUAAAGUAAAUAAAUUUGUUCUCCUAAGAUUGUUCUGUGUUUUAAUAAAGAUACACAUAUGUAAAUUAAUUUAUAUUAACACCAAGAUGGUCUCUAGAUGCCAAAUUUGUGUAAAUCGGGCCCAUUGUCCUUCAAUUCAGAGCCCAAAAAUGGGGAAAUAAUUGCAUUCUUAUUAAUAGCUGUACUGUGUGAACCUUUAAAAAGAUUCAAUAUCAGAAAACGGUGAUUUGAGUUUCAUUUGAAUUGCAGCUGCUUUUUUCUCUAUGAAAUAUGACCUUACAAAUAUGUGGUGUAAUGCAGCUCAAUCUUCUGCAGAUUACUUCAAAUUGUUCAUUUAUUCAAAAUCUAAUGAUUGAUAAUAUUAAGUAUCUCUGUUGCUUAUUAUUCAAACCCCAGCAGGUGAUUAAAAAAAACACAUCUAAACUGCUUUUUACAUUUGUGAUUGGCUCCACACCAGCCCAGGCCUCUUAUGUUGCAUGACCAGUUGUGUCAAUAAGGCAAUAAAAAAUGUGAACCCUGAUCAUGCAGAU